ACAGUCCAGGCGGGAAUCGAAGACUGAGGCGGCGAAAUGGCAAGCUACGUUAUAUUCGAUCUCAAACCCCCGAGGACGCUUUUCUCUCUGCCAUGGACGACAAAGGAUCCGAACAACUACAAUCAACCAUACUUUCUCAUCCAAUGCACAAGUUUGAUACUCCUACACCAGCAGGUGCCUACAAUGGUGAUGGUGAUUUAAAAAACCUUUACGGUGUUAGUGAUGCUGAGGUUUUGAGAUAUCUUAACAACAAUAAGGUGGCAUCUUAUAAAAGGGUCAUUUGGGAAACAAUGAAUAUGGAUUAUCAGAAGGAAAAGAACCAAAAGAGAGCCAAAACUGCUAAGAAAGCUGGUUCAACUAAAGUUGUUAAAUCUUCACAGAAAAUAAAUAAUGAGAAGAAAUUGAGUUUAAAGAUCAAUUACGAUAUGUUGAAUAAACUUGAGCAGGAUGAGGUUCUGGAAAUGGGAACUGGAGAAGGCAUGGAUUCUCAUCAUGACCAUCAUUACGGGAGUACUCUUGAUGAUGUGAAAUUCAACUCGGAAGCAUACAGUUCAGGAGAAACAAUUAAUGAUGAUGACUACCAGCAUGAAAAGCUAGGCAGUGAAGAAGAGGAUGAUGCCAUUGAAGAUUACUAUGCUAUUACAGAUUAUGGAAUCGAUGAUGAUGCUUAUGGUCAUAAUGAAGAGCUUGAUUAUGAAGAACACUAGUUCGAAUUUUUUGUUUCAAAAGAAUAGUAUCUCUUUAAUUUUAUAAUUUUGUAGUCUUUCUUUUCCUGAUUAAACUGCAUCUUAGGGGGUUAUUUUUCAACCGAACUGACUUCUCUGUUUGAUGAGGGAACUGCAACGGUGAAACUGCAGGAAAUCCAUCGGAGUAUGGUCAGUUUGGUUUUGUUUAAAUUUUAGAUUUUUUGGAUGGUUCCCUAAGGUGUUUUGAUGUUCCCUCUCCUAGGUGACUAAUGAAUUUUAGACUUGUAAAUCACAUCAAAUAUAAAUAUAGAUGUAUACCAUUUGUGUUUCGGUCAGUUGGAUACCGUUGGAAACACCUUGUAACAAGCACAGUACUAUGUAUGAACAAGUGACGGAUGUUUGUCUAAAGAAUUUUUAAAAUGUUAA